AUGAAUGGCCAUACCAAGACCUAUGGAGUCACAGAUCCCAUUUCUUUAGCGGCUUCAAGUGAUGCUGAAAAUAAACUAAACAAUCAAUUGAUUGUUGAAUUGAAAUUGCAAAACUCCUUUGAAUCCGAAAGUGAAACUCGUAAAAGAGUCGAAGUUCUUCAAAUCUUGCAACAAUUGGCUGAGAAUUUUGUCUAUAAAGUUUCAAUCAGUAAAAACAUGUCCGAAGGCAUGGCCAAGGAUGCUGGUGGAAAAAUCUUUACUUUUGGUUCCUAUCGAUUGGGUGUUUAUGGCCCAGGAAGUGAUAUCGAUACUUUAAUAGUUGUCCCUAAACAUGUUUCCAGAGAGGACUUUUUCACUGUGUUUGAUCAACUAUUAAGAGAAAGAAAAGAACUAGAUGAAAUUGCUCCCGUACCCGACGCUUAUGUUCCAAUCAUCAAAAUCAAAUUUUCUGGAAUUUCAAUUGAUUGUAUUUGUGCAAGAUUAGAUAUCAGUAGAGUACCUAGUAAUUUAACUCUUAGCGAUAAAAACUUGUUAAGGAAUCUAGAUGAUAAAGAUUUAAGAGCUGUUAAUGGUACAAGAGUUACUGAUGAAAUUUUGCAAUUGGUCCCAAAACCAAUGGUUUUUAGAUACGCUCUAAGAGCCAUUAAACUAUGGGCUAAAAAAAGAGCCGUUUAUGGAAAUGUUUAUGGAUUUCCUGGUGGUGUUGCUUGGGCAAUGUUAGUAGCAAGAAUUUGUCAAUUAUAUCCAAAUGUUUGUGCUGCCGUUAUUGUCGACAAAUUUUUCUAUAUAUUGACCCAAUGGAACUGGCCCCAGCCUGUCUACUUGAAACCAAUUGAAGAUGGUCCUUUGCAAGUCCGGGUCUGGAACCCUAGAUUAUAUGCUCAAGAUAGACAACACAAAAUGCCUGUUAUAACACCUGCAUACCCAUCAAUGUGUGCAACUCACAACAUCACUGCUUCCACAAAAAAAAUCAUAACUAACGAAUUAAUUCGGGGGAGCAAAAUAAUGAAUGAUAUCUCAAACGGUGUGAAAACUUGGAAGGAUUUAUUUGUUAAACAUGAUUUCUUCCACAAAUAUAAAAUAUACUUGGCUGUUGUAGCUGUAACAAGAGGCAAUGAUGAGCAGCAUUUAAAAUGGAGUGGAUGGAUUGAAUCAAGAGUCCGUUUAUUUGUCGGAAAAUUAGAAAAUCAUAAAGGAAUAGCUAUGGCUCAUCCAUUCGUUCAAGAUUUUCAGCAGUCCUUUUUAGUUCAAGAUGAUAACACACAUCCGGAAAAACUCCUAAAAAGAAAUAUAGACCCACUAAUAAGUAUGUUAGGAUCAAAAGAAGUAAAUGAUCUUAUUGCAUCAAAUCCUACGAUAUAUACCGAAAUAACUGAAGACAAUAAGAAUAAUCCAAAUAUAAAAUCUAUAUUGAAAAAGAUUAAUGAAGAUAAUAACGAUGCAUCAAAUAAUAGUGAUAAUGAUGAAAAUGGAAACAUAGCUACAAACAUCAAUGGCAAUAGCCUGGAAAGCAAUGAAAACAAUUUGAUUCAGAAUGACAGUCUAAAUAUCAGUGUUGUUCAUGGAAACACCCUUGAAAACGGCGAUAAAACAGACAAUUUGAUAGACCAUCAGUUAGAUAUUAAUAAAAAAUACGCUCAACUACACUCAACUACACUAUACGUCGGGUUGGAAAUAAACUUGAAUAGCAAUAACAACAACGCUGGAAAUAGUGCCAAUGGUAACAGCCCAGGUGAAAGGAAAUUAGACAUUCGUGCCCUAUGCCAGGAUUUUUACCUUGUCUGUCGCAGCCUCCAGGAGUACGAUGAAACUACAUACGAUAUUUCGAUCAAGAGCAUCAAAUUGUACAACUUGCCAGAUUUUGUGUACGAUUUGGCCAAGGGCGAAAAAAGGCCUUUGAAGGGAAACAAAAACAAGAAACGAAAAAACGAUAAAAACAGCAAAAAACCGAAAAAAAUAAAAAACACUCUGAAAGGCAAAAACUAG